GACCUCCCAUGAUGAAAUCCCAACCGUUGCCCAGCAUAGUCUCUACACCUGUUGCACUUCAAAAGGAGAAUGUCACACCUGCUGCAUCUCCAAAGCCGACUCCAGCUCCAGCUAAACCCCAGAAGGAGGAGAUCCCAGUACCUGCGGCUGGCCAACAAGAGAUCACUCCACCCACUGUACCUCAGGAGACAGCAAUUCCCGCUGGAACCCCAGCACCAAAUGCAGACAAAAAGGAGGAGACACCACCACUAGGAUCCUCACAACAUAAACAAGCUUCACCUGCUCUGGCUGAGAAGGAGAAUCAAGAACCUAUAAUUGUACAGAAACCAGUGGACCAACCAAUUCCAGCAACACCCAAAACCAGUGGAGCUGCUAUACCUGUACAGCAGCCAGAAAAGCAAACUCCUCCACUGCAACAGCCUGCUUCAAAGGCAUCACAACAAGUACAGCCCCAGCAAGCUCUAAAGCCAGACCUCGAAACUGCUCCCCUAAAGGAGCCAAUGACUCCUGCUUCAGAGAAAGAGAAGAAGAACCCAGCACCAGGGUCACCACAGAAGGAAUUAUCUCCAGCAGUGGCUUCACAGCAGGACAAAACGCCAGUGGACAAAUCAACUCCAACCCCUGUCCAACAUCCUCCACACCAAGAGACUCCACAACAACAAGAGCAACAACGUCAGCCUCUAACAGCGACACCGAAAGGAGAGCCUGGGAAGCCUCAACAACAGCUUCCAAAAGGUGGAGCCUCUUAUGCAAAAUCUGUACCACCACCACAGGCCCAGCCCUUCAAGCAGGAGUCAGGAGGCUUCUUUGGCUUUGGUGGUGCUAAAUCUCAGCCUGCUCAGUCAAAGCCUGAAGACUCAGUGUCUGGGAAGAUGCUUGGCUUUGGCUCCUCUAUCUUCAGCUCUGCAUCCACUUUGAUCACCUCAGCUGUUCAGGAUGAGCACCGCACCACACCUCCAGCUUCCCCCAAGGUGUCUAUGACUCCUGCUUCAGUGAAAGAGACCCCAGCAGCAGGCUCGUCACAGAAGAAGGAGGUAUCCCCGACAGUGGUUUGCCAGCAGGACCAGAAGCCAGUGGACAGACCGACUCCAACACUUGUCCAACAACCUCCACAACAGAAGACUCUACAACAACAAGGACAGCCUCCGCAGCCCUCAGCAGAGGCACCAAAAUCAGAGCCUGAUAUAUCAAUAGUUGAAGCUGCUACAGCAGCAGACACUCAAAAUCCGGCAAACCCAGUGCCUGCUCAGAAGGCUCCACUGGAGAACCGGAGGACAUCAGAACCUCAUAAACCACCACAGCAGCCCAGCCCUGGGCGUAGGGAGAGUAGUGCCUUCCCAGCCACAAAGCAAACCCCCAAGCAGGAAUCAGGAGGCUUAUUUGGCUUUGGAGGUCCCAAAUCUCAGUCUGCCUCCUCAAAGCCCGAAGAGUCAGUGUCUGGGAAGAUGUUUGGCUUUGGCUCGUCCAUCUUCAGCUCUGCCUCCACUUUGAUAACAUCAGUUGUUCAGGACGAGCCCCGGACCACACCGCCAGCUUCCCCCAAGAUGUCUGCACUGGCCCAGACCUCCCCCAAGAUGCCCCCUGCAAAGGAGACCAAACUACCUGCUGCUCAGAAAGCAGAGGAGAAGAAAGCAGCGCAUCCCCAGAAGGCCAAUGUCCCCCCAUCAGUACAUGCCAAAGUGGACAAACCCCCAUCAGCUCCUCCAAAGGGAGCAGCAUCCUCACAACCAGCACCCAAAGCAGGCCAAUCUACCUGUCCACUCUGUAAGGUGGAACUCAACAAGGGCUCCAAGGACCCUCCCAACUACAACACCUGCACAGAAUGCAAGAACACUGUCUGCAACCUCUGUGGAUUUAACCCCAUGCCACAUGAAACAGUGAAGGAAUGGCUCUGUCUGACCUGCCAGAUGCAGAGAGCACUUGGAGCAGUGGAACCCCCAGGACCUCCCAUGAUGAAAUCCCAACCGUUGCCCAGCAUAGUCUCUACACCUGUUGCACUUCAAAAGGAGAAUGUCACACCUGCUGCAUCUCCAAAGCCGACUCCAGCUCCAGCUAAACCCCAGAAGGAGGAGAUCCCAGUACCUGCGGCUGGCCAACAAGAGAUCACUCCACCCACUGUACCUCAGGAGACAGCAAUUCCCGCUGGAACCCCAGCACCAAAUGCAGACAAAAAGGAGGAGACACCACCACUAGGAUCCUCACAACAUAAACAAGCUUCACCUGCUCUGGCUGAGAAGGAGAAUCAAGAACCUAUAAUUGUACAGAAACCAGUGGACCAACCAAUUCCAGCAACACCCAAAACCAGUGGAGCUGCUAUACCUGUACAGCAGCCAGAAAAGCAAACUCCUCCACUGCAACAGCCUGCUUCAAAGGCAUCACAACAAGUACAGCCCCAGCAAGCUCUAAAGCCAGACCUCGAAACUGCUCCCCUAAAGGAGCCAAUGACUCCUGCUUCAGAGAAAGAGAAGAAGAACCCAGCACCAGGGUCACCACAGAAGGAAUUAUCUCCAGCAGUGGCUUCACAGCAGGACAAAACGCCAGUGGACAAAUCAACUCCAACCCCUGUCCAACAUCCUCCACACCAAGAGACUCCACAACAACAAGAGCAACAACGUCAGCCUCUAACAGCGACACCGAAAGGAGAGCCUGGGAAGCCUCAACAACAGCUUCCAAAAGGUGGAGCCUCUUAUGCAAAAUCUGUACCACCACCACAGGCCCAGCCCUUCAAGCAGGAGUCAGGAGGCUUCUUUGGCUUUGGUGGUGCUAAAUCUCAGCCUGCUCAGUCAAAGCCUGAAGACUCAGUGUCUGGGAAGAUGCUUGGCUUUGGCUCCUCUAUCUUCAGCUCUGCAUCCACUUUGAUCACCUCAGCUGUUCAGGAUGAGCACCGCACCACACCUCCAGCUUCCCCCAAGGUGUCUAUGACUCCUGCUUCAGUGAAAGAGACCCCAGCAGCAGGCUCGUCACAGAAGAAGGAGGUAUCCCCGACAGUGGUUUGCCAGCAGGACCAGAAGCCAGUGGACAGACCGACUCCAACACUUGUCCAACAACCUCCACAACAGAAGACUCUACAACAACAAGGACAGCCUCCGCAGCCCUCAGCAGAGGCACCAAAAUCAGAGCCUGAUAUAUCAAUAGUUGAAGCUGCUACAGCAGCAGACACUCAAAAUCCGGCAAACCCAGUGCCUGCUCAGAAGGCUCCACUGGAGAACCGGAGGACAUCAGAACCUCAUAAACCACCACAGCAGCCCAGCCCUGGGCGUAGGGAGAGUAGUGCCUUCCCAGCCACAAAGCAAACCCCCAAGCAGGAAUCAGGAGGCUUAUUUGGCUUUGGAGGUCCCAAAUCUCAGUCUGCCUCCUCAAAGCCCGAAGAGUCAGUGUCUGGGAAGAUGUUUGGCUUUGGCUCGUCCAUCUUCAGCUCUGCCUCCACUUUGAUAACAUCAGUUGUUCAGGACGAGCCCCGGACCACACCGCCAGCUUCCCCCAAGAUGUCUGCACUGGCCCAGACUCCCCCAAGAUGCCCCCUAGGAGAAGAAAGCAGCGCAUCCCCAGAAGGCCAAUGUCCCCCAUCAGUACAUGCCAAAGUGGACAAACCCCCAUCAGCUCCUCCAAAGGGAGCAGCAUCCUCACAACCAGCACCCAAAGCAGGCCAAUCUACCUGUCCACUCUGUAAGGUGGAACUCAACAAGGGCUCCAAGGACCCUCCCAACUACAACACCUGCACAGAAUGCAAGAACACUGUCUGCAACCUCUGUGGAUUUAACCCCAUGCCACAUGAAACAGUGAAGGAAUGGCUCUGUCUGACCUGCCAGAUGCAGAGAGCACUUGGAGCAGUGGAACCCCCAGGACCUCCCAUGAUGAAAUCCCAACCGUUGCCCAGCAUAGUCUCUACACCUGUUGCACUUCAAAAGGAGAAUGUCACACCUGCUGCAUCUCCAAAGCCGACUCCAGCUCCAGCUAAACCCCAGAAGGAGGAGAUCCCAGUACCUGCGGCUGGCCAACAAGAGAUCACUCCACCCACUGUACCUCAGGAGACACCAAUUCCCGCUGGAACCCCAGCACCAAAUGCAGACAAAAAGGAGGAGACCCCACCACUAGGAUCCUCACAAAAUAAACAAGCUUCACCUGCUCUGGCUGAGAAGGAGAAUCAAGAACCUAUAAUUGUACAGAAAGCAGAGGAGAAGAAAGCAGCGCAUCCCCAGAAGGCCAAUGUCCCCCCAUCAGUACAUGCCAUCGUGGACAAACCCCCAUCAGCUCCUCCAAAGGGUGCAGCAUCCUCACAACCAGCACCCAAAGCAGGCCAAUCUACCUGUCCACUCUGUAAGGUGGAACUCAACAAGGGCUCCAAGGACCCUCCCAACUACAACACCUGCACAGAAUGCAAGAACACUGUCUGCAACCUCUGUGGAUUUAACCCCAUGACACAUGGAUCAGAGCGACGGUACCCAGUCCGGGGUUUCCAGCAACUGUCCCUAGUCCGGGGUCCCCGGGAACGGUCUUCAGUCCUGGGUCUCCAGCGAGGGUCUCCAGCGAAGAUCCCCAGUACGGGGUCUCCGGCGACGGUCCCCAGUCCGGGGUCCCCGGGAACGGUCUUCAGUCCUGGGUCUCCAGCGAGGGUCUCCAGCGAAGAUCCCCAGUACGGGGUCUCCGGGAACGGUCCCCAGUCCUGGGUCUCCAGCGAAGAUCCCCAGUCCGGGAGGUACAGUCGCAGUGCUGUUCUCCUGUCUGCUCUACCCGAGUGUCACAUCCCCACACCGUCUCUGCAGAGGUACAGUCGCAGUGCUGUCCUCCUGUCUGCUCUACCCGAGUGUCACAUCCCAACACCGUCUCUGCAGAGGUACAGUCGCAGUGCUGUUCUCCUAUCUGCUCUACCCGAGUGUCACAUCCCCACACCGUCUCUGCAGAGGUACAGUCGCAGUGCUGUCCUCCUGUCUGCUCUACCCGAGUGUCACAUCCCAACACCGUCUCUGCAGAGGUACAGUCGCAGUGCUGUUCUCCUGUCUGCUCUACCCGAGUGUCACAUCCCCACACCGUCUCUGCAGAGGUACAGUCGCAGUGCUGUUCUCCUGUCUGCUCUACCCGAGUGUCACAUCCCCACACCGUCUCUGCAGAGGUACAGUCGCAGUGCUGUUCUCCUGUCUGCUCUACCCGAGUGUCACAUCCCCACACCGUCUCUGCAGAGGUACAGUCGCAGUGCUGUUCUCCUAUCUGCUCUACCCGAGUGUCACAUCCCCACACCGUCUCUGCAGAGGUACAGUCGCAGUGCUGUCCUCCUGUCUGCUCUACCCGAGUGUCACAUCCCAACACCGUCUCUGCAGAGGUACAGUCGCAGUGCUGUUCUCCUGUCUGCUCUACCCGAGUGUCACAUCCCCACACCGUCUCUGCAGAGGUACAGUCGCAGUGCUGUUCUCCUGUCUGCUCUACCCGAGUGUCACAUCCCCACACCGUCUCUGCAGAGGUACAGUCGCAGUGCUGUUCUCCUGUCUGCUCUACCCGAGUGUCACAUCCCCACACCGUCUCUGCAGAGGUACAGUCGCAGUGCUGUUCUCCUGUCUGCUCUACCCGAGUGUCACAUCCCCACACCGUCUCUGCAGAGGUACAGUCGCAGUGCUGUUCUCCUGUCUGCUCUACCCGAGUGUCACAUCCCCACACCGUCUCUGCAGAGGUACAGUCGCAGUGCUGUUCUCCUGUCUGCUCUACCCGAGUGUCACAUCCCCACACCGUCUCUGCAGAGGUACAGUCGCAGUGCUGUUCUCCUGUCUGCUCUACCCGAGUGUCACAUCCCCACACCGUCUCUGCAGAGGUACAGUCGCAGUGCUGUUCUCCUGUCUGCUCUACCCGAGUGUCACAUCCCCACACCGUCUCUGCAGAGGUACAGUCGCAGUGCUGUUCUCCUGUCUGCUCUACCCGAGUGUCACAUCCCCACACCGUCUCUGCAGAGGUACAGUCGCAGUGCUGUUCUCCUGUCUGCUCUACCCGAGUGUCACAUCCCCACACCGUCUCUGCAGAGGUACAGUCGCAGUGCUGUUCUCCUGUCUGCUCUACCCGAGUGUCACAUCCCCACACCGUCUCUGCAGAGGUACAGUCGCAGUGCUGUUCUCCUGUCUGCUCUACCCGAGUGUCACAUCCCCACACCGUCUCUGCAGAGGUACAGUCGCAGUGCUGUUCUCCUGUCUGCUCUACCCGAGUGUCACAUCCCCACACCGUCUCUGCAGAGGUACAGUCGCAGUGCUGUUCUCCUGUCUGCUCUACCCGAGUGUCACAUCCCCACACCGUCUCUGCAGAGGUACAGUCGCAGUGCUGUUCUCCUGUCUGCUCUACCCAAGUGUCACAUCCCCACACCGUCUCUGCAGAGGUACAGUCGCAGUGCUGUUCUCCUGUCUGCUCUACCCGAGUGUCACAUCCCCACACCGUCUCUGCAGAGGUACAGUCGCAGUGCUGUUCUCCUGUCUGCUCUACCCGAGUGUCACAUCCCCACACCGUCUCUGCAGAGGUACAGUCGCAGUGCUGUUCUCCUGUCUGCUCUACCCGAGUGUCACAUCCCCACACCGUCUCUGCAGAGGUACAGUCGCAGUGCUGUUCUCCUGUCUGCUCUACCCGAGUGUCACAUCCCCACACCGUCUCUGCAGAGGUACAGUCGCAGUGCUGUUCUCCUGUCUGCUCUACCCGAGUGUCACAUCCCCACACCGUCUCUGCAGAGGUACAGUCGCAGUGCUGUUCUCCUGUCUGCUCUACCCGAGUGUCACAUCCCCACACCCUCUCUGCAGAGAAGGAAUGGUUGUGUCUGA